AUGCUGCCCAGGGCGGCCCGCACGCCUUGCUGGCGUGCCUCGGGACGCUUUCUACACCACACUUCAGCCGUUCCGCGCCCAACGUCAUGGGCGUCAGCUUCCUACGGCUUUCAGCUCAGAUCGUUCUCAACCACUAGAGGCCCACUGAGGAGCCAGACCUCUCAGAACUCCCCGACGAAGUCGCAGACACCAGACCCCAAAGAUCCUUCUACUACCCGACCCAGCGCUGCCAGUGUCGCGCAGAGUCCGCCGGGUACCCAAAAUGCUACCGCGACCCCGAAGAAAGACCUGCUCAGUGAAGCUAUCGUGGGGAGAAAGGAGCAGAGGAAGGCGGACUGGGCGAUAAUGAAGGAAAUGGCAAAGUAUCUCUGGCCUAAGGGUGACUGGGGAACGAAGCUUCGUGUCGGCACGGCCCUAUCGCUGCUGGUUGGAGGAAAGAUUUUGAAUGUCGAAGUACCCUUCUAUUUCAAGAACAUCGUUGAUUCCAUGAACGUGGACUUCUCGACCUUUGGCGGAACCGCUUACACAGUCGCAGGCUCGAUGAUUAUUGCCUACGGUGUUACUAGGAUCGGGGCUACACUCUUCCAAGAACUGCGCAAUGCUGUGUUCGCCAGUGUUGCGCAGAAGGCGAUCCGCAAGGUUGCGGGAAAUGUAUUCAAGCACCUGCUCCAGCUCGAUCUUAACUUCCACCUCUCACGGCAGACCGGUGGUUUGACGCGAGCAAUUGACCGUGGAACCAAGGGCAUCAGUUUCUUGUUGACGUCUAUGGUUUUCCACGUGGUGCCAACUGCCUUGGAGAUUUCUCUUGUCUGCGGUAUUCUGACCUACCAAUAUGGUGUCCAAUUUGCGGCGAUCACAGCCGCAACCAUGGUGACCUACUCUGCUUUCACGAUCAUGACCACCGCCUGGCGAACCAAGUUCCGCAAGCAGGCGAAUGCUGCAGACAACCGUGGUGCUACCGUUGCUGUCGACUCUCUGAUCAACUAUGAGGCGGUUAAGUAUUUCAACAACGAGAAAUUCGAAGUUGCACGCUACGAUAAGGCCCUGAAGGCCUACGAGGAUGCUUCCAUCAAGGUCACGACUUCGCUGGCUUUCCUAAACUCCGGCCAGAACAUGAUCUUCUCGAGUGCCCUGGCAGGCAUGAUGUAUCUCGCCGCCAACGGCGUUGCUAGCGGCAGUCUGACUGUAGGUGACCUGGUCAUGGUUAAUCAGCUCGUCUUCCAGCUCUCCGUCCCGCUCAACUUCUUGGGCUCGGUGUACCGUGAGCUCCGCCAGUCUUUGCUGGACAUGGAGACCCUCUUCAACCUGCAGAAAGUCAACGUGAACAUCACCGAGCGACCGGAUGCCAAGCCCCUCCAGCUGAAGCAGGGCGGCGAGAUUCGAUUCGAGAACGUCACCUUUGGCUACCACCCCGACCGACCCAUUCUCAAGAACGCUAGCUUUACGAUUCCUGCCGGCCAGAAGUUCGCUAUCGUUGGACCUAGUGGUUGCGGCAAGUCGACUAUCCUGAGACUGCUGUUCCGCUACUACGAUGUCCAAGAGGGCCGGAUCCUCGUUGACGGUCAGGAUGUACGCGAUGUGACUCUGGAAAGUCUCCGCAAGGCUAUCGGUGUUGUGCCCCAAGAUACCCCUCUGUUCAACGAUACAAUCGCGCACAACAUCCGCUACGGCCGGAUUGAGGCGACCGAUGAAGAAGUCCACCAGGCGGCGCAACGUGCACACAUCCACGAGCUGAUCCAGAAGCUGCCCGACGGCUACAAGACUGCGGUGGGUGAGCGAGGCAUGAUGAUUUCUGGAGGUGAAAAGCAGCGACUGGCGAUUUCCCGACUGAUCCUGAAGGAUCCGGAGCUGCUGUUCUUCGAUGAAGCGACCUCAGCUUUGGACACCUACACGGAACAAGCGCUACUGCAGAACAUCAACAGCAUCCUAAAGGAGAAGCGACGCACGAGCGUCUUCGUGGCGCACCGACUGCGCACGAUCUAUGACUGCGACCAGAUCCUCGUAUUGAAGGAGGGGCAAGUAGCGGAGAAGGGAUCGCAUCGCGACCUUCUGGAGCAGAAUGGCAUCUACGCCGAGCUGUGGAACGCCCAAGAAAUGUCCCUCGCACAGGACGUGGACAGCGAGCCGACAGCUGCGGAGGAAGAGGAGAGUACUACUAAGAAGUAG